GCGCCAGCGGAAGCGGAAGCUCUGUAAUCCUCGGCCGGGAAGAUGGCGGACGAUAAGGACUCUCUGCCAAAGCUGAAGGAUCUUGCUUUUUUGAAGGAUCAGUUGGCGAGCUUGCAACGAAAAGUGGAAAAUGAGGUGCAGGUUGGAGUAGGACAGGAAGGUUCCUUACUAGCAUCUCCAUUUCUCAAAGGGUUCCUUGCUGGGUAUGUUGUAGCCAAACUGCGCUCUUCAGCAGUCUUGGGAUUUUUCGUGGGGACUUGUUCUGGAGUGUAUGCGGCUCAAAACUAUGCCAUCCCUGAUGUGGAGAAGACAAUCAAAGAGUUCUUCAACUCAUUCAGGAAAGGACCAGACUAAACAGUGUAGUGGUGCACCCCAAAAACUCCUCUCCGAAUUUUAGAAUUUCUAGACAAUUUCGUUGCUACAAAGAUCGGGCUCCUAUUUCAGCAUUUAUGUCCGUUGGAAAUGUUUUUUAUCAGGCGAGUGUGAAAUUUCAGCAGGUCUGAUUAUAGUUAUGCUCAAGCAUUGUAUUGUAGAAGGGAUAGUUUCAGCUUCAUCAAUGCUGAGGUGCUUUCAGACUCAUCUCUGACAUCUCCACUCCUUUUCCGUAACGUGCUUGUCCGCUGAACGGAAGGACCGCUGUUAUUGCUUCUGCUGCCUCUCGAAACUGCUACAUACUCCAGGCUCAGGAAAUGUAGUGGAAGAUCCCAUAGUUCAUGUAUGAGGUCACUUGUCUCCCUAAUCACGUGCAAGAAAUAAACCCAAACAUGACUGACUGGUUCAUGUCUUACUGACUUGAUUUAUUGGGCAUGUCGUGUAUGUCCUCCCUGAAAGAUAAUGUUUUAAAGCAAUGCCAAACCAAAUCCUGUGCCCUCUCCAAUAAAAAGUUGGAGACUGAUUCAA